ACAAUUAGAAAACUGAUUAUUGGGAUUGAGAGUUGUUUGGAAAAAGCAAGCAAAGCUCCUCCUCCCAAAGAGCCCGAAUUUCAGAAGCCGUGCCGUCUUGGUUGGUUAGUUACCAUAUGCCACAAAACUUCAUCCGCACUUCAUCUCUCCCUUCUAUCAUAUUUUAUUCAAAUUUUUUUUAUUUUUUUUCCGUCUUUCAAUCUUCUUUUCUAUUUCCCAACACACGCUUUUCAUUUUUACCAUGAGAUCCCCACCAGCUCCAUUAAUAUUCUAUACGAAGCAUCCUUCUAAUACAUGUACAUUUUACUCCCAAAACCUCCAUUAAUCAAUCUUAUCGGUUAGUAUUUUGAACAUUAUGCCCAAUAAGAGAUUAUCUACGUGAUCAAAGGAGUUAAUUUACACCAAUUGAUGUUGAUUGCAAGAUCAUAUUGACUAAUCAGAAAAUCACACGAAUUAUAUAAUACCUUUUAAUCAUAAAACAAGCUUGCAGUGCAAGCCACAUAUUGGAAUGGGGGUAGAAUGCCUCCAUAUUUUGCUGACCAAGGCCAAGUGUACGCAUGAUAUUCAAACUUUCCACCACUCGAGAACGUUUUUGAAGCCUUAAAAUUUGGCUAUCGAGUUUCACUCGUGUGCAUUUGGACUUUGACUACAAUAUGAAAUUCAAGAAUGUGUGUGCAGACAAGCAGAUCAAGCCACCUCUUUUCUCUCUUCCAUUCUAUUUUAUUCCGCUGGUUUUCUCGGUUCUAGAAGCUCCGGUGCUCUUUUAUUAUGAUUGUUGAGACGGGUUUCUACCAUUUAUGGCCAUCGAAAGAGAUUCAGAAGCAAAUGUUUACUCGAUUGCUUUCUCUAGUUCCACUUUCAGUCAACAGUAGUUUAAGAGCACUUGUAUGAGAUUACUAAUGGAAGUAGUGAGCACGAAAGAUAGUUCAGUGGCCUCAAGUCCUUUCUCUUCACCUAACAUCAGGGCCUUGCUCAAGAUCAAAAUUAUGUCAUGGAGCCAAGAGACUGGUUUGCCGGUUUCUCUUCGUGCUCGAGUUGGCGAUAGAAUAUUCAACCUGCACAAGUACCCAUUGUCUUCGAAGAGUGGAUACUUCAAGAAAAGAAUAGACGACUCAGCCGAUGUUGAGCUACCACAAGAUUUCCCCGGGGGACCAGAUACGUUUGAAAUGAUUGCGCUAUUCGUCUAUGGCUCUUCCACAUUGGUUGACCCUUUCAAUGUAGCAGCGCUGCGAUGUGCAGCAGAGUUUCUUGAGAUGACAGAAGAUUAUUGCUCCAGUAACCUCUGUGAGCGGUUUGAUCUCUAUCUGAACCAAGUGGUUCUGCAAAGUUGGGAUGACACCCUGAUUGUGCUUCAAAAGUGCCUAACGUUGCUUCCAUGGUCUGAGGAGCUGCUGAUAGUCAGCCGCUGCAUUGAGUCUCUGGCCUUCAUGGCUUGCAUGGAGAUCCUUGACCCGGAGAGGAGACGGGACCAACCAGUAGUCACAUUGGAGGUAUUGGCCAGCCAAGCUUGGAACUGUGAAACAGUGAAGGAGAUACUGCGCAAGGACCUCUGGAUCAAGGAUCUAAUAGCUUUACCGUUUGGAUUCUUCAAAAGAAUAAUAGGAUCUUUAAGAAGACAAGGUAUGAAAGAAAAAUAUGUAAGCCCUCUCCUUGUUUUCUAUGCAAACAAAUGGGUAGUCUCCAAGAAGACACGCCAAUUUUGGGAGAACUCCACUGAGAAAAUUGGGAAUGAUGACACAAAUAACAAAGUUGCAGCAAUCCUCCACGGCAUACUUGAUCUACUGCCCAUGGGGGAGAAAGCUGGUAGAGCUAUUCCUGUCGGAUUUUACUUUGCACUGCUUUCUAGAUCCCUUGAAGUUGGUUUGAGAGGUGAUAAUAAGGUCAAGUUGCAAGACCAAAUAGCGUGUAUGUUGCACUUUGCUCAAGUAGAAGAUUUUGCCCUACCGAAAAUUGGAACAGAGUCAAUUUCUUCUAGCAUGGAGUUGGCUACAAUGGAAAGCAUAAUGUCAACAUAUGUAUCAUCUAACUUGGAUACAAACCAUACUCCUUCGGCAAGCAACUCAAUAGUUGCAGAGUUAUGGGAUGCAUAUCUCUCCAAUAUAGCUCCAGAUCCAAACAUGGGACCUGAAAGAUUCAUGGAACUCAUUGACAGAAUACCAAUCCCUUGCAGACAGAGCCAUGAUCAACUUUACAGGGCAACGAACUCAUUCCUACAGGCACAUCCAAGUAUAUCACAGGAAAAGAAGGCAGCAGUCUGCAAGUAUCUCAACUGCCAAAAACUGUCACAAGAGGCAUGCAUCGAAGCUGUUCAAAAUGAGUCAAUGCCACUACGUUUGAUUGUCCAGGCACUUUUUGUUCAGCAGCUCAACACACACCAAGUUUUCAAAGAAUGCUCAGACUCAUUUAGGUAUACACAUUGUGGAGAGUUUUCUGGAAGCCUCCCAAGCUCUAGGUGUCCAAACUCCAAAAGCCAGAUUCUAGGAGAAAGUCCAUACAUGGAUGGAGUAGAGCCAAGCACUAGACCUUUGAGUCUCUUGUUACAAAAAGAUCUUCCGACACAGAGGCCUGAGUUUUCAAGAAAGGAAUACGAGUCCACAAGCUUGAGAAUUCAGAAUCUUGAACAAGAGCUCAUGUCCUUGAAGAGGAGCCUUCAAUGGCAGAACCGUUCAAAGACAACAGAACCAAUUUCAAACAAAACACAGAGCAUCAAACCAUAUGGUAUGGAAACUAGAUCUCUGAGCAAAAAGAGGAACCCUCUAGGACAAGUGACAGGUUGCAUUGGCUCUGUGAACUUUGCUUCGCAAAGGAAGUAUGCCAGUCGACUACUGAAGGUCUUUCACCACAUUACCUUAUUUGGAAGUAGGAAAACGAAGAGAAAGUCAAGUGCUCAUGGUCUAUGGUCUAAGUUAAUGUAGCAGAAUAACCAUCAGCAUAUAAUGUACCAAAGUAAUUGAUCCUCUCUGGAUCCAGUUGCGGAAAAGGAAAUAAGACGUACGAUUACAUACAA